AUGUGUACUUGGCGCACUUACACUUCACGCCACGGAGAGAUUAGUCACCCAAUGGACUGCGCGUAUACCCCCACGCUGGAGUAUUGCGAGUCCAGGUGUUGCAGACAGUUAGUACUGUCCGACAUAGGGUGUCCAGUCGUUUUCGUUUAUGCCGUUGACACCGACUGGCCCACGCUGGGCAUCGACAACGGCAAUCGUGAUGAUGAAGUCGUCGCGGGCGGUAGAAAGCGGAGAAAGGAGGACCAGAGAAAACAGGAGCUCGAGAACGAUGAGUACACCGAGGAUGUGCAACCCACAUCCGUCAGGUGUCGCGGAUGUCAGAAGGCCAUCAGCCUUGACAAACGCUCCAGGUACUAUCCUGGACUGUGGGUCAAGCACAGGAGCAAGUGCCCGGGCAUCCUCGAGCUAGAGGUGGAAGAUAAAGAGCUAACCAGGAGAAGAGACUGGUUUUUUCAGUUAAAUCCAGAACCGCGCCCACCAGCCGCCUCCUCAUUUGACGCGAGCGGUGAAAAUUGGGAAGAGGGAGAGUCAGAAGAGGAUGAGGACGAGGACAGGGUGAUGGGAUUCAGCAGGGAGAAAGGUGACGGGCGUACCGCUACCAAGGAGUUCACGGAUAAAAUUCAUCUUAAAUAUUGUGGUAUCGGACGUCCACGUCCCUUUGUUUACAAAACGUUGUAGCUUUCGUUCCAAAUACAAUUUCCCUUUGAUGUUCUCCAGGAUUUCCGUGAUGAGAUCAGUAGACAAAGGAGUAGGCGUGGAAAUGAUGAUCCUUUGUGCGCAAUCAAAGUCAAGCACGGUAUCAUGAUCGACACCUGGAUAUCGCCGGUUUUGAGUGCUCGGAAGGAGCC